AUGGCUCCUACAGCAAUUGAGGCAGAUGUGCCUAUCCACACGAGCACCAAGGCUUCCGCAUACCCGGAACCUCUCAAGGCAUCAUCAUCUUUGGACCAAUACGAGUCGUUUGAUGUGACGCCUAUCAUCGGUCGUGAAUUCCCAACUGCCAACCUCGUCGAGUGGCUCAAUGCACCCAACGCCGAUGAACUCAUCAGAGAUCUUGCCAUCACCAUUUCCCAACGUGGCGUGGUCUUCUUCCGCGCCCAGGAUGAUUUGACCAAUGACCUGCAGAAGCAGCUGAUUCUCCGGCUCGGCGAACUGACCGGCCGGCCGAAGGAGUCCGGGCUCCACAUUCACCCGGUCCUCAACUCGGAACGCGAGCUCGGUGGGUCCGACCCGGAGAUUAGCACAAUCAGCUCCGUGCAGCACAAGAAGUACUACCGCAACAAGCCGCUCGCGGGCGAAGAGCUCAGCCCGAAGAAGCAGUCCACCGCGCAAUGGCAUAGCGACAUUGCUUUUGAGCCUGUGCCGGCUGACUACUCGUCGCUACGCCUUGUCCAGCUUCCCAAGACUGGCGGAGACACUCUCUGGGCAUCUGGAUAUGAAAUCUAUGACAGACUCAGUGCCCCUUACCAGAAGUUCCUCGAGAGCCUCACGGUGACCUUCGAGCAGCCUGGCUUCGCUGCCGCCGCAGAACGUGGUGGCUUCGCUCUCUACGACAAGCCCCGUGGCAAUCCCAAGAACAUCGGCAGCGUUCUCAAGGCAGUUCAUCCCAUUGUGAGAACCAACCCGGUCUCUGGUUGGAAGAGUGUCUUCCCUGUCGGAGGCCAUGUCAAGCAUAUCAACGGUGUCACCGCCGAAGAGAGCAAGCAUCUGCUCGACUGGUUCCUUGAUAUCCUUCAGAAGAACCACGAUCUCCAGGUCCGCCUGAAAUGGAAGAACAGCAAUGAUAUUGCAAUUUGGGAUAACCGCAGCACGUUCCAUACCGCGACGUUUGAUUAUGAUGACCAGGGUGACAGGUUUGGCAACCGGGCUGUCGGUAUCGGCGAGGCCCCAUACCUUGACCCCAACAGUAAGGGCCGUCGGGAAGGCCUGGGUCUCGACUACAUCACAGGCCCUUGA